AUGCUCGAGGGGUGGAAAGAGCGUCUCGAGGAGAUUUUUGAUGAUUAUAAAGAUACUAGGUUGCAACUAGAGGUUUCAGAUGAAUUCCAAAAUGAUCUUAAGCAAAGGCUGGAGGCAGACGCACUACAGCAAUCGCAAAAAGGGGCUUCAGUUGAACCUCAAUCAAUUGAACAAGCGAAUAGAGAGGCAAGAGCCUCAUUCGAGUCCUCUUAUUUGAGACUUAAGGGAUUCAUUCUGUCCAAAAUUCAACUUAAGGGUAACGCAUCCAGAGGAGUCGUACCUAUUCCGGCGCAGCAAGUUCGGGUUAAGCUGCCGGAGAUCAAAUUGCCAAUUUUUGAUGGAACUAUUAGGGAGUGGCCUUCUUUUCGAGACUCGUUCCAGUCGCUGAUUGCGUCAAAUACCCAUCUUAGCGACGUGGACAAAUUUUCUUACCUUCUUUCGUCCCUCUCGAAGGAGGCGAAGCGCGUAGUUGAGGUGAUAGAAGUGACCUCCGAUAAUUAUGCUGUGGCGUGGGAACUUCUUGAGAAGCGCUUUGAGAAUAAAUACCUGAUCGUAAAGUCAUACGUUGAAGCGCUUUUCACGGCCGAUCCUGUCAAAAAAGAGUGUCACGAGUCUGUGAAUCGCUUGAUCGAUACGUUCGAGCGCAAUUUGAAAAUGCUGGAGAAGACGGGAGAACGAACAGCCAACUGGAGUACAUUGUUGGUGUUUAUGCUGAGUUCUCGUUUGGAUCCUGCAACUCUCCGCCAUUGGGAAACCCACCGGAAAUCAACGCUGGUUCCUAGCUACACCGAUCUCACCGUGAAUUUCCUGCGCAAUCAUAGUCUGGUACUGCAAUCCCUUGACGCGUCUAAAGGUCGACCGACCGAUUCUUCUCGCUCAUCCACACACCGCUCCCCCAAUGCGAAGUGUUUCGAAAAAUGA